ACAUAAAUUUGUGCACAUAUCAGCACAUUUAUACACUUUGCGUUAUACAUACGUAAACGGACAGGCAGGACAUUGCUAGAUUUGUAGAAUACAGUAUAGAGGUGUGUCCAGGCAUUCCUGCCUGUCUGUGUACAUGGAAAAUGUAUACUAUGUGUUCUACGUGUGCUUAAAUUCACAAGGGGCGGCAUCAGUGUUUUCUAGUGUACAUACAUCACUGCGCGAGAUAUCUCCACGCUGUACGUUACAUAAUACAACGCAGGCCGUUAGUAUGGACCGCGGAAUAAGAGUAUCGACGUUUUGAUUCACGGCUAUCGCUAAUCCACAAUGAGAAACCUGAUCCUCGAGACGGACACGUGGAGCGACGCCGACAGCGAGGACGGUCCCUCCACGCGCUGCCCUCGUGCUCGCAGCACCAGCGUGGACCUGCGACGAUCGUUAAGAGACAAAAUUAGGAAAAACGAGAUCUUUUGUAGCUUCGAGAUCGUUUCCACGAGGAAACCCGGCGCGUUCUACCGCAGGCUUCUCGCAGACAUGGAGGAGUAUUCGCCGCUCUUCUACGCGCUAACUUGGCACAACGAGGCGGCCUCCAGCAACGAUAGCUACCUGCCGUUGGACCUGGCGGAGAAUUUUCCGCCAAAUACCCUCCUACAUCUGGCGGCUAAGGGUCUGAAGCGCGACGAGGUCGUUCGCAUUUUGAGAAAGAUCCUCGCCCUUGGAAUAGUUAAUAUAUUUGCAUUGCGAGGAGAUUCGUCCGCCAAGAACGGCGACUUCGAGCACGCGGCGGAUCUGGUGGCCUUCAUCAGGCAGCAGUUCGGCGACACUUUCUGCGUGUGCGUCGCCGGUUAUCCGCAGACGCAUCCGGAGUCGCCCACCAAGGAGCUCGACCUGCGUCACCUGAAGGCAAAAGUGGAGGCGGGCGCGGAUUUCAUCAUAACGCAGAUAUGCUUCGAAUCUCAAGUCCUGAUAGACUUCGUGAGGGACUGCCGGCAGAUCGGAAUUCGAGUCCCGAUCCUACCAGGGAUCCUCGCGCCCGCGAGUCACGCGUGUCUGGAGAGGAUGGCGAGCACGUGCGGGCUCGAUGUGCCGGUCGUAAUUAGAAACGAUUUGGCGCGGAUGAAGGACGACGAUCGGGCGGCGAGGAGAUAUUCGGUCGACCUGGUCGCGCGGAUCGUUGCGGACGCGAUUCGCAGCGGAGCCACGUGUGGUUUUCACCUGUUCACGCUAAAUAGAUUAUCGUUGGUGGCGGAAGUGUGCGAGCGCGUAGAAUUGGUCAGAAGCGGGAAACUCGGGACGGAAAUCCACUGUGCUCCGGAUUCACGUUCCAGAGGAUACCACAGGUCUAGUUCGGGGAAAAAGGAGUCGGCGCAGGCUGACGUUUCGCCCGAAACAAAAUAAGUUAAUGUACGCUUAUUUUAAUUACUGUUAAUCAGUUUAAUCAAUCGUUACUGUCAUUCCCUUAACGCAAAUAAAAGUCGGAGCGUAAGGCAAGUGUAAGUAGAGGCUGACAGAAAAGUAAAUAAAACUCCUUGGAAGCGUAAAUUAAAACAGCGGAACGUAAAAGAGAUGUUAAGUUCUUAAAAUGUUUCUUUUACAUUCCGCUGUUUUAAUUUACGCUUCCUAGAAGUUUCAUUUAAACUUCCGUCAUUCUUUAUUAGCAUUUUGCUUACGCUCCGAUCUUCAUUUUCGUCAGGGUCAAUCACGUGGACGCCCUAGCAGCACAGUGCAUCAACCAAACAUUUGUUAAACCUAAGCCUAACAUUUAGUUGUAUUGGGCCAAUGUUUAGCCAGUGCAUUGUGCUACUAGGGCGCUUCAGUCUCGGUUUAACUUACUUUUUAUCUCUUUCUAAGAAUGAUACCCGUUUCUAUCAAUGCUGAUUAACUUUAGUCUCGGUUUACAUUACUUGUCUUCUUCUUACUGUUUUCCAAUUCGUAAAACUAGAAAAAGAAUACGUGCGGGGAGCGCGCUUUUAGCGCUGAAAGCGUCUUCCAUCUUCGUUUGACUUAAAGGUCCGUGUUGUAAAUCCCCUAAAGGCGCUUUUAUUGAUAAAAGAGGAUACAAGUGACGAAGAUAGACCGAUGCUUUCAGCGCUAACACCCUAGUAGCAUAAUAUAUUGGCGCAAUAUUGGGAAAUGGCGGCGAGUGUGGCGCGGAGAAAUGUGCGCUGCUCAGUAAACAAUUGAACGAAAAGAUCCGAGUUCGAAUCCACAGAGGAAGAAGUAGAAUAUUGGGAAAUAAUGUAAAUCUAGUAUUCCCAAUAUUGGUCCAAUAAGAUGAACGCCUUCUC